AUGGCUGGUACUUUUCUAUUUACUUCUGAAUCUGUCGGUGAAGGUCACCCAGAUAAGAUCUGUGAUCAAGUCUCAGAUGCUAUUCUAGACGCUUGUCUUGCUGAAGAUCCUCACUCUCGUGUUGCUUGUGAGACUGCUGCUAAGACUGGUAUGAUUAUGGUAUUUGGUGAAAUCACCACUAAAGCUAAUCUAGAUUACCAAAAGAUCGUUAGAGACACAAUCAAGAAGAUCGGUUACGACUCUAGUGAUAAAGGUUUCGAUUACAAGACCUGUAACGUCUUGGUUGCUAUUGAACAACAAUCUCCAGAUAUUGCUCAAGGUGUUCACGAAGAAAAAUCUAUUGAAGAUAUCGGUGCAGGUGACCAAGGUAUCAUGUUUGGUUACGCCACUGAUGAAACCCCAGAAGGUCUGCCUUUAACCAUUCUUUUGGCUCAUAAGUUAAACAUGGCCAUGGCUGACGCUAGACGUGACGGUUCUUUGGAUUGGUUAAGACCAGAUACUAAGACUCAAGUCACCGUUGAAUACAAGAACGACCACGGUAGAUGGGUUCCAUUGAGAAUCGAUACAGUCGUUGUCUCCGCUCAACACGCUGAAGCUAUCUCCACUGAAGAUUUAAGAAGUUUGAUUAAAUCUGAAAUUAUCGAAAAGGUUAUUCCAGCUGAUAUGUUGGAUGAAAACACUAAAUACUUCAUUCAACCAUCUGGUAGAUUCGUCAUCGGUGGUCCACAAGGUGAUGCUGGUCUAACCGGUAGAAAGAUUAUCGUCGAUGCUUACGGUGGUGCUUCCGCUGUCGGUGGUGGUGCUUUCUCCGGUAAGGAUUACUCUAAGGUCGAUCGUUCUGCUGCUUAUGCCGCUCGUUGGGUCGCUAAAUCUUUGAUCGCUGCCGGUCUAUGUAAGAGAGUCGAAGUUCAAUUCUCUUACGCUAUCGGUGUCGCUGAACCAUUAUCUCUGCAUGUUGACACUUAUGGUACUGCUACUAAGUCCGAUGAAGAUAUUAUUGAAAUCAUUAAGAAUAACUUCGAUUUGAGACCAGGUGUGUUAGUGAAGGAAUUGGAUCUAGCUAGACCAAUCUACUUGCCAACUGCUUCUUACGGUCAUUUCACUAACCAAGAAUACUCUUGGGAAAAGCCAAAGACUUUGAAGUUUUAA